CGGACCGUGAGUGCGAGAGAAAGGGGGAGAGGGAGACAGACUCGUACCUACAAGAGCUCAGGGCUGUGAUCCUGAGACACAAGUGCAUCUGCUAGCUGUUAGUACUUGGCAGAGGGUUUGCUCCUCCAGGGUAGCUCUAACUUUGGGUAAUAAUGUUUGUCAGCUACCUGAUACUAACGUUGCUCUGCUUUCAAACAGCAAUGUUAGCAAGACCUGGGGGUGAGAGCAUUGGCUGUGACGACUAUCUGGGUUCUGACAAGGUGAUUGACAAGUGUGGAAUAUGUGGAGGGGACAACACUGCUUGCAAAGUUGUGUCUGGAGUUUUCAAACACACGCUAACAAAUCUUGGCUACCACAAGAUAGUGGAAAUUCCUGAAGGAGCUACUAAAAUCAACAUUACUGAGAUGUCAAAGAGCAACAACUAUUUGGCCCUGCGGAGCCGCUCGGGACGCUCCAUCAUCAACGGCAACUGGGCCAUCGACCGGCCGGGCAGGUACGAGGGAGGUGGCACAAUGUUCACCUACAGACGCCCCAAUGAGAUCUCCAGCACUGCAGGGGAGUCCUUUCUGGCUGAUGGGCCAACAAAUGAAGUCCUUGAUGUCUAUAUGAUUCAUCAGCAGCCUAACCCGGGUAUACAUUAUGAGUAUAUCAUUCCAGGAGACAAUGUCAUUAGUCCUCAGUUGCUUGCUCACAGGAGGCCAGGGGAGCCGCUGAAUGGUCAGUUAGGAAUGCCAGAAAGUACAGGUCGUGAGGAUGAGGAUUUGCAUAGAGAGACAGACAUUCUCACUGGACAGUCAGCUGGAACUUUUCCAGUUAUUCAGCCAGGAAGAUUUCCUUCUCAUCAGCCGGAAAACCAGGUGCCUGCUAUGCAACCACCAAGACAAAACCGAGAACACAACUGGAAACAGGUUGGAAAAACUGAGUGCACUACUACAUGUGGGAAAGGAUCACAGUACCCAAUUUUCCACUGCGUCAACAGAAUCACUCACGAGGAGGUACCUGAGGGUUACUGUGAUAGCAGCACUAAACCCAUUCCAGAAGAGGAGGCCUGCAACCUCUUCCCAUGCCCUGCUUUCUGGGAUAUAGGGGAGUGGUCUGAGUGCAGCAAAACGUGCGGGCUGGGAAUGCAGCACCGGCAGAUCCUGUGCCGGCAGAUCUACGCCAACCGCACGCUGACAGUGCAGCAGUACCGCUGCCAGCACCUGGAGAAGCCUGACACCACCAGCACCUGCCAGCUCAAGAUCUGCAGCGAGUGGCAGAUCAGGACAGAGUGGACCUCAUGUUCAGUGCCUUGUGGAGUGGGGCAGAGGACUCGAGAUGUGAAGUGUGUCAGCAACCUUGGGGACAUUGUCGAUGAUGAGGAAUGUAACAUGAAGCUGCGGCCAAAUGACAUCGAGAACUGUGACAUGGGCCCCUGUGCCAAGAGCUGGUUCCUUACAGAAUGGAGUGACAGGUGCUCGGCGGAGUGCGGGGACGGGAUCCGCACUCGCUCCGUGCUCUGCAUGACCAACCACGUCAGCAGCCUGCCCCUGGAGGGCUGCGGCAGCAACAGACCCGCGGAAACAACGCCCUGCAACAACGGGCCCUGCGCCGGCAAGGUGGAGUGGUUUGCUGGGGGCUGGACACAGUGCUCUACUGAAUGUGGUAGUGGAACUCAGCAGAGAGAAGUAAUUUGUGUUAGGAAAACUGAAGGUAAUUUUGAUGUUUUGAACCCCUAUGAAUGUUCAUAUUUGGAAAAACCUCCCAGCCAGCAGUCCUGCUACCUCAAACCAUGUGGAUCAAAGUGGUUUCAUACAGAAUGGAGCACAUGUUCCAAGUCCUGCGAAGGAGGGUUUCGGGUGCGCGAGGUGCGGUGUCUGUCGGAUGACAUGGCAGCCAGUUCUCAGUGUGACCCACAGCUCAAACCCGAAGAGAAGGAGCCCUGUAAUACACAGGAUUGUGUCCCUGAAAUAGAUGAGAACUGCAAGGAUAAAUACUACAACUGCAACGUGGUGGUUCAGGCCCGGCUCUGUGUGUACACCUACUACAAAUCAGCCUGCUGUGCCUCCUGCAGCCGCGUGGCAAACAGACAGCCAGGCUUCCUGGGCCGCAGAUAACACACCCUGCCCUGCUCACAGCACCACUGGCACUCUGCACUGGAGCCUGGCAGUGCUGCUUGGACUGCAGCACUUGGAGCGUCCUGCAGAUGGGGUUUAUAUUGCUGAGUGCAUCAAGACUUUGGUUAAAUCUCACACCCUUUCAGUUAUUGUGCAGUUAUCUCUUUUAGGAUGUUUGUUGUAAAAUCAUGAUUUUUUUAAAGCAUUCAUUUUUAAUGAUACUAUUAUUUGCACCUGCUCAUCAGAUACUUAAGGAACAUACCGGCCUUAAGAUUGUGAAAUUAAUGAAAACUAAAAUCAAUUGCAGGCAAUUACUGGAGAUAAUUGACCAGUAUGGAUGCAGCUGCUCCAUUAUUUUCUGAGUGCUUACUUGGUUUUUUGGACUGCCUUAAGUUAGAGGACUAAAUCAAUGAAACAUACAUGAGAAAAAUGACUUCCCUAAGAACCAGACCCUUGAAAAGCAUUUAUCAUCAGUUUCCUAGCACUCUAACAUUUAUUUUUAACUACUUCAGUCUAUUCAUAAUAAAUCAGAGUCACUGUUAAGGUCUCUCAGUUGUCCUUUUAAGUGAUGUCCUGUCCUUAGGCAGCAAAUAUAUACACACUUGACUGCCAGAAGGUGCCUUUAUAUUUAAUUCAUAAACUCGUGAAGACAUACUUUUAUAAUUUUGUAUGGAUUUUAAAAUCCAUUCCCUACCAGAGUGACACUAGUGUCUAACUCUUUAAGUCUUUUAACGGCUGCAGCUGUCAGUGAGACAGGUUAACCAGAAAGGUGAAGAGCCUUUGCUGGUAUAAAAAGUGAUUGUUUCCAUUGGUGAGGUCUUUUUUCUGUAGGGGACUUAUUUCAGAACUGGGAUCUUGCCUAAUUCUUGUCUCUGCACUAUUGUUUAACAACUGCCAAACCAAAGUACUUUGUUCAGACCCAGUCUGGAGAUGUCACCAGUUUCUGAAACAACCACCAAAGGAGAGAGGCCUGUGUGCCUUAGAGCAGUCUGUUACUCCUGGUAUCAGGCAGCAGUAUGAGUCUAGUAGCUGAGUAUCUGUACAAAGGGGUCUUAGCUAUUGGCAUUCUUAAGGUUUUGAUCAGUUACUAUAACAUACUUGUCUUUUUUUGCUCAGUGUUUCAUUGUGCAGAUCUGUUCAUACCAUUCACUUCCUGUUACUUAAGAAUGGCUGCAGACUUAGAGCUGAAUUUAAGUGGUGAUUUUCCAUUUCUGCAAUUACUGUACUAAGCCUUGAGACUCGCUAAGGGCAAAUAGCAUACUAUGCAGUGCAGAUGAGGUUUUGCAUUAUCUGCUUGUUCUCUAGCCUUUAUUUGAGAGGUCUUUCAAAUGUGUAAAUAAGGCUGAGGGGAAAAAAAUAAACACCUCUGUUUAUUCAGCUGUUUAUUACAGCAUAUUGCUUGUAAAUUAAUGGUGCCCAUCUAUGCAUCUGUUCCUAAAGUGCCUCAUGUCUGAGUUGCAAAGAAGCUGUAAUAAUCUAUGUUCAGUCAAUCCCAGAGGUGUGGUUAAGGUAUCCUGCCACUGAUGCAGAGCCAUGUUUGAGCCUCAUUGUAUAUCCUUUUCUUCUUGCUGCUUUGGUUCAGAGCAAUGCUGGGAGGCAAAUGUUGCUGGGUGUGAAAGCAGUCACAUCAGUUUAUGUGCUGGAGCCACAGGAGGGUGGAAUUCCUAUAGUCUAAAAGCUGCCUUGAAUUGAGAUUAACUCCUGAAUGUUUUGAUUUGGUCACUCAUGAAAAAUAUAUUUUGGACAUGAUGAACUACUACUGUUUGGCUACAUGAAAUGACAAAAUGUUUCCCUUAAAAUUUGGAGGUACUCCUUGUAACUAUAAAUUGUUGUGUGUCAGCCAAAAAUGUCAUUGGCUGUUUCUGUACACUUUGACUUGGGCUUUUUCACUGUAAAUAAUAGACAUAAAGUUGUUAGAAACAGAAACUCUAAUUAGGAAACUUCAAGUUCAUUAAUCCAUCACAGUCCUGUUUCCUUGAAUUACAAAGAUUUAUCCACAAAGAUAACUUACAGAUUUGUUACCAUGUUAUGUUCCUUAGAUUCUUGACCAAAGAAUUAUAUGGAUAAAGUGCAGUGUAAACAGCUCUGGAAUCCAUUACUUCUGAAUACAGAUUUUCAUCUGUGUAUCUCAUUGCAGAAAAUCUUGACAUACAUUAUGGCUGUUAUCUCUUUCAUCCCAAGGAAGUGUUUUUCUGUCAGCUUGAGGGAAAUACCUGUUCCAUAAAAAGGCUUCCUGGAAACCCCAAGGCAAAUGAGAUGCAGAGGGAAUCUGGUUUGCAGUCAUGGAACAGAUUCUUCUUACACAUGCUUUGGCUGUGAGACCAUCAGUGACUCAGCACAUAGAUAGAUCCCCCUCUUUUAUAAAAUCUGUUCUUUUGCUCUGGAAUAUGUGGCCAUUAGCUUAUUGUACAAAGAUGAUCAUCUUGUAGGCUCUGUUAAGCUUCCACUACUGUAAACACUGUUAGUGAGAGCUAUCAAAGAAUAUAUCCAUACACAUAGCAGUAUAACCCUGUAUUACAUCUAAGGUAUGCAGCUUUGUGAAUUGAAUGUAGUGAGCUGUGGUUAUACAAACUGUAAAGAGUAAAGAGACAUUUUUCAGAUGAACCAGAUUUUAAAAAAAAAAAAUCAGUUUUACCUAAUUAAAUAUCUAAUGGUAAGUAAAUAUUAAUGGAAAGAAAAGUACCAGAAUGCUGCUGAACCUAAUCAUUUAUCAUCUCUUCUCAUAUGUCAGCAUUACUAAAAUAGUUGUUCCUGCAAAAUGAACUAGUGAGCCCUUUUCAUCAGCACUUUGAUAUACUAAUAUUGUCUGCACAAGUGCUGUGCAAAGAUUUCCCCAUCUCAAAAAGCAUGAUUUUGAAAUUGGGCCUAUAGCAAGUGUUUGUUCUAAUAGACAGUGCCCCAACUUAGGAUGAUGCCUGUAGGGGAUUUGACUUUAUUUUCUGUAAGUCAAAGGUGGCCUUAAUGAAUGUAGUAGACAUAGAGCAGAUGUGAAACCAGUAUAAGUAAGUAAGAAAUUACGCAUAUUAUCAAUUACAAAUAUCAACUAUGCACACUUCUGAUUUUUAAUGUUUUAAUUUCUUUUUCUGACAAUUUAACAUCAGUCCAAAAAAUGCAGAAUGGUGGAAAAAAUGCUUCCUUGCCUUGAAGAUGCUUUAUGCAAUCCAGGAAGACCAGAGUAAGUUAGAUACUUCAUUGAAAGAGUCCAGCUGCUUAUGGGCUAAAAUCUGCAUACAACUUCCAUGUCUUACACACAUGCAGCUGGCCAAAAUCAGCUUCAUCCAGAGCAGGCCCUGUGUCUCAAAGCACUUUCCAUUUGGAAUGGAGGAUUCCUGGUGCAGUUGUUUAUCAACUUACCAAGGGCUUGUCAAGGUUUGCUAGCUCCUGUGCAGUGUCAUCCUCAAGUAUGUGGAGGGAGAGUUCCUUGUGUACACCAAAUUUGAGAGACUGAAUUCAUGGAGUCCUCCCUUCCUCUCCCAGAAGAUGGUGUGAAAGUGUGAGGGUUGCUCCUGUGGGAAUGACCCUGGGUGUGUCUGCCUUGGCCAGCAGUGAGACAGUCAGUGUUUGCUUUGCUCUGUGACCUUCAGCCCCCGGGGCUCUGAGCAGGGCAGGGCUGGUUAGGAGGCAGGGCAGUGCUGGGAGUGCCCCUGGCUGUGCUGCAGGCCUGCCAGCCUGGAAGCCCACCCCUGCUGGGUGGCCACAGGCUCACUGCAGGACCACCUCAGAAUCCCUGCACAGGGAACUGCUGUCUUCCUCAUCCCACACAUAAACAUCCUGCUUUUUCCCAAUACUUCAGCAAAUGGAGAACUUUGUGUAUGAAUCAAGCAGUGUUUAGUGUUACUGCUUAGAUCCCAGUGUUAUGGCAGUGUGGUGCAGUCUUGUAGUCCUGGACUGUGCCAGUGGUCAUCACUGAGGGAGGGAGGUGCUCAAACAGCUUAUGGCUCAUGUAGGACUCGUACAGGAGGCUUGGCCUCCUCUCUUUAUAGCAUGUACCACUGUAAGUAGUAAAAUGUGCCUUUUGGGCUUUGUUUUUCCCCAUCCUCAUCCUGACCGAUCUCCUUUUUACACCAACACUAAUGCUUCUCCUCUCCUUAUCCCACUUUCAUCUCUUUGUCCUUUGGAUGACAAUAUUAAAUUUUGCCAGAAUUACUGAAGAUUCUGAACUGGCCUUUGGUUUAUAAGAAUCCAUGUUAGAAAUAAGCCCAGCUGUUAAGAGAGCUGUAUUUUUUCCAGCCCCUGGAUUUUUGUGUCUGUGCAUAUCCAUGCUGGCUAGUUUAAAAUGCAUAGUAGUAAAGGACAUACUGAAUUAAUUCCUGUGCAGUGAAGCUGUGGUUGCACAGUCUAGGGUGGCCCUUUAAUCUCAUAUGUAACAUGUAUUGCACAGAAAUAGUUAUGGUCCUCACAAAGGAAAAGCCAUGUGUUUAUCUGCUUUUCCUGAGACUUGGUGUCUCUGACUUCCUCGGAGCUGUUCUGUGUAUUGGGCACAUAAUUCAUGUGCAUGCCUGGAAUUGGAACAAAAACCGAAAUUUUGAACAUGAAAGUAAACUUCAUUUAUUGCUAUACUUAUAGAAUGUUUGUAGGAGAUGAAAUUAGGCAUUAUUUAGAAAACAGAGUAAAAUAAUUAUUUCUAUAUCAGAAAUGAAAAAUCAUCCACUCAACCUUUUCAAUAUAUUUUAAAGCAAACUUGUAAUCAUGAUGAUGUUUCACUGUGGGUGAAAUUCAGACCAGGGGAAAGGGAGAAAAUUCAAUUUCAGAGGAUUCAUAGCAGACCUGAAUUUGGUUCUUUACUUCUCACCUUUUAAUAACCAGAAGUUCAGAGGAGCAAGAGUCCCCAGUUUUCUAUAUCCCCAUGUACUGUAACUGGAUACAGAUAAGUAGCAUCAUACCUGGAGUGGAGGGAAGCUUAAUUGUGAUGGAUCAUUGGCCUUUCAGCACAUCAUUGCUGCUGACCUGGAUUUCCACACUGUGUUUGGGUCUCUUGAGACCAGUGGCCUUGGCAGGGUUGGGUACAUAUGAGCUUGUGAAGUCCCAUCAUAGUCACUCAGGAUCUAAAGAGAGCAUCAGGAAGGACAGGAGACAAAAUAAACCCUAACUUUUUUUUAAUAUGUAUAAAAUUGUCUAUUUGACCCUCAUAAUUGAUUUUGGCAGAAGGAUAUACUUUAUUAUAACUUAUUUUGUUAUUUGUAAAUACAAGAUGUCUAUGGGAAAUAUGUAAUUCUGAGCUCUGUCUAUGGAACAAGCCACUGCACCAAAAUAUUUCAAAUAUUUAGAAUAGGCAGAUUUUUUUAUUAAAAGGGACCUAAUAUGUAUUUAUUUACGUAUACCAUUCAAAUUUUGUCCAGCUUUUUCAUUAUACUAACCCAUCUUUUUAGGGAAUUUUAUAGUACAGGUAUUACAUAUAUAUUUUUGUAUAUAUGUCAUACUGUAAAUCCAUAAUACAAUUUUCUAAACAUUCUGGUUAGCCAGUUCCUUGAGUGAAUUAAAGGGGGAGAGCAUAAGCAAAUUGCUUUCUGACUCGUUCAGGAAUAUAUAUCCGUGGCAAUGUACCUGAACCAGAACUGUACAGCAUCAUUUUCAUAUUGUAUACAUUUUCUCUUUGAUGAAAAAAUGUUAACUAUUUUUGUUUAUGACUAAUUUAUUUUUUAUUAUUGUGGAAAAUAAAGUAACUGAAGAUGAA